AUGCCGUCUGCUAGUUCCGGCUACACCUUUGCGGACUUCUUGCGGCGGUUGGAGCGCAGUCCCGACUCCCACAUGGCGCCCCUAUACCACGAGCAUCGUGAGCUCUUUGUGCGGCGCCAUGAUAUGUUUGCGCGGGUUAUUAGCAGUGUCACAUGGUCAAAAGGUGUCGCACUGGUUGCUGCCGCGGGGUACACACAAGCCGUCAACGUGACGAUCUAUAGGGCGCUGCUGGCACGUAUGUUGUUACAUAACCGGCACGUACGGCAGUGCGGCGCUGGCUCCGUUGUUCCGUGGUCGGCUGCGCUGCGCACUUACAGUGAGGCCAUUGCCACGCACGGAAAUGCUGUGCCAACCCGGAUGACGCUAUCGGCGCUGCGGCUCUGCACGCCAGCACGUCAAUGGGUUGCCGCCAUAUCGUUGUUAAUGUUGAGUCAAGCGAACGACAAAUUGACGCUCCCGAUGUUAAUUGAUGCAGCGGGGUGCUGCGCCACACCAGCUGCGUGGGAAAAAGCGAUGACAUUACUCGGAAGAUUUCACGCGCAGUCACUUCAGGUUCUUCCGGACUCUAUACAAAGUCUUAGACCUGUUGGAACAAGCGCUUCAACCGUGGAUGCGGCAGCCCACGCUCUGUUGCCCCGCAGCGAGGGUCCUACGCCGGAGCAGAAGCACAUAUUGACGGUUAUCAACAAGGUCGUGUCAGCUGUGCCGUGGCAGGUGGCAUUGUCAAAUGAAAUGUGCAGGUCUUAUCUCACUCACCUUGUGGCAAGUACAACACUGCGACCAACGGAGAAGACGGCUUCUCUCACAACUGCUGUGCAACAACUUCCGUGGGAAGCUUUUGUUACACUGAUGAAGACAGUUACGGCGACUGUUCAGGAAGGGUCGCAGGGUGUCUUGGGAUCUCGUUCGACUCCCCAACUCCCACCGCCUCAGGAUGGAAUGGAGCGAGGGGACGUUGCCAAAUCCCUGUUGAGCAACAGCAUUAUUAGGGAGGGUGUAAACCUGCUUCAGAGCGAACCAGAAACCGCUAUUCCCUUCAUCACAACUAUUCUUCACAAGCUACCAUCUGCAGAGGCUGCGGCACUGUUCCUCAGUGAGGCAACCUCAGCCUACCGGAACAGUUCAAGCGCCGUUGUGGCCGCUGCCAUUCGCCAUCCUGUUGUUGUGGGAGCUUUGUUGAAAAGGUGCGCUGAUAGUAACUCAUGGUACCUCGCAGCAUCAAUAUUUAAAUCAACCUCACCGACAGCAAUUCCUUGUGACGUGGCUAGCGACCUUGUAAUCCAAAUGCGGAGGGCAAAUCAGGCACCACUGGUGGUGGAUGUUCUGCAAAAGUACAUUGUGCCAUCGAGGACCAAACUAACGGAAGAGGCGAUUGAGGCAGCGCUAUUGUGUGUGCUGGUGCACAAUCGGGCACUCGCGAAAGCCUCAGCCGUCGUCGCCGGCACUUCCCCCGACAAUCGCACUGGAAAACCUAACGGAAUCGGUGUUGCCAAUGGUGUGCAUUGGAUAUCAGCACUUAGUUGGGCCACUGACCUUUUGGAGGAGGGUGUGGAGUCGAGAAUACUUCAGACCGGAACAACCCCUUCGGUAGGUGGUGUAAAUCAUGAAGACCCCACAGUGUUACUGCGGAAAAAGACAUUAUCGCCACGCAUCCUGAGCCUUCUCAUUUACAUAUGCGUAAAUGCUGGGAGUCCACGUGGGGGUCUGUUUGCGCUGGGAUACGCACGCACCGUCAGCAAAACGGAGCUCGAACUCUCAGAAGAGAUUACAGCACUGUUGUAUUGCAUGAUGUACGACCGUCCUCGUGAAGCGGAGAGUAUCAUUCAACACGCUGUGAAGAAACACGGGGAGUACAAGGGGAAAUACCUUGGUAGGUUACUGGUGGCUUCGCAAGAGGCAAAGGGGUCCGCGCUGAGGAAUCAAACUUGA